AAUUUUAUUUACUUAUUGGGGGUGGGGAGGAGCAGAGGGAGAGGACAAGCUGACUCCGCACUGAGCGUGGAGGAGCGCAACGUGCAGGGCUUGAUCCCAGGACCCUGAGCUCUCCAUCUGAGCCAAAACCUAGAGUCAGAUGCUUACCCCACUGAUGGCGCCCCGCAGGAUGCAUUUUCAAAUGAGAUUUACCUUGUUGCCCCCAACCCCAGCAAAUCUGUCACAGACCCCACCCAGUUUCUUCUCUCCCUAUCCUUACUCCACCUUCUGCCACAUAUACCACCUCUGACCUCAUAAUCCCUCAACUGCAGCCUCAGGCCCCACCCCUAGGGAUGCUGGUUAUCCACAACUGCCAAUAGCUCUCUCCUGCCUGCCCAGUCUGGGGCCCCUUCAGCCUAUGUGAUCCACCGACCUCUCCAGACCCCCAGCCCUAUGGGCCCACUUGCCCCCACUCCCAGGACCUCUAGAACACUCUUGUUCCAAAUGACUCAUCAGGCCUCUGUCUGAAGAGUAAGAAGAUCCUGAGAGCAUGUUUAUUUUCAUCAAACAUGGAGAUAAUCAGCAGUUUCUGGUCAAUACCAAUUGCUCUGUCCUUCUGUUGCUGCAUUACACCCGCAGUAAAGUAGGGUUGCCUAGAACAGACACCAUUGAUUUGUGUGAUGAAACGGGGACAAUGAAGUUGCUCUUCCUGAUGAAGACCCCUGGAGACUAUGCCAGCAAAUUCCUUACUGCUCGCAACACCUACUACAUUUGUAAGGUGGAGCGUGGAGCACCAGGUAGAGGAACCCGACUGGAGAACGCCUACAGAGCUUUUGUGCCUCUCCUGAAGAAUCCAGAACCUGAGCUAAUUGAUGCCUUGCGCACACAAUGCGACAUCCUGGAGAGGAGCCGAGUGAAAUUGCUUAGAAGCCAAGAAGCCAAGAAAGUUGUUCCUAUUGAAUCCUCCAUGAACCUCCCAUCCAAAUCAACCGGAAGAUCAGAUGAAGAGGGGCCCACUCGCAGGGGUCCAACCUUUAGGACCAGAGCAGACUUCUUCAGUAGAAGGGAUAAACAUCGCUAACUAAAUAAAGUGACCAAGUGAGAGCAGUAA